AUGCUCACCUCUUUACAAUGGCUAGAAAAUUGUACCUAUUUGUCUUAUGUUUUAGCCCUUUCACUACUUAUUUCCUUUGUUGUUAUGAGUCUCCUCAUGACUAAAUCUAAAACCAAAAAAAAUCUCCCCCCUUCCCCUCUAAAACUACCAUUAAUUGGUCAUAUGCACAAACUAGGUGUGUAUCCUCACCACUCUUUACACAAAUUAGCUCAACAAUAUGGACCUUUGAUGUUCCUUAAACUCGGGAGCGUAAAUACUCUUGUUGUUUCCUCAGCUGAAGCAGCUUCCGAGAUCAUGAAAACACAUGACCUUGUUUUUUGCGACAGGCCUAAAUCCAAUGUCAACAAAAAACUUUUGUACGACUUUAAGGAUGUGUCUGUCGCGCCUUAUGGUGAGUACUGGAGACAAAUGCGAAGUAUAUGUGUACUACAAUUGCUUAGUACAAAAAGGGUUCAAGGUUUUCGCGUUGUGAGGGAAGAAGAGACUGCCUUGUUAGUCAAGAAAAUUAAGGAGAAGUCACCAGAGGCAGUGGAUUUGAGUGAAUUUUUUAUGACACUUACAAAUGAUAUUGUGAGUAGAGCAGCUUUUGGGAGGAAAUAUAGUGGAGGGGAGAGUGGAGAGAAGUUUAGGAAAUUGAUGAAGGAAUUUGUGGGAAUAUUAGGUGGAUUUGAUUUUGGGACUUUUUUACCCUCACUUGCAUGGAUUGAUAGAGUGAGUGGUUUAGAAGCAAAAGUGGAUAGAGUUGCUAAGGAGAUGGAUGAAUUUCUUGAAGGUGUAGUGGAAGAACAUUUAGAUAGUCAUAAAAGAGUGAAGGAAUUGUUGGGGGACAAAGUGGAAAAUGAUAAUAGAGAGGACUUUGUUGAUGUUUUGCUUGGGAUUUACAAACAAAACAUGGUGGAUGGCUUUUCUAUUGACAGAGAUGGCAUCAAAGCUCUCAUUUUGGACAUAUUUGCGGGUGGAACAGAUACAACUUACACUGUGUUAGAAUGGGCCAUGACAGAGCUUCUAAGGCAUCCUGGAGCAAUGAACAAACUCCAAAACGAAGCCAGGGAAAUAACUAAAGCGAAAAAUGAAACUUUAUCUGAGGAUGACUUGGACAAAAUGCAUUAUUUAAAAGCAGUAAUUAAGGAAACAUUGCGAUUACAUCCUCCAAUUCCUCUGUUAGUUCCUCGACAAGCUAGACAAGAUGUUAAGGUGAUGGGGUACGAUGUUGCUGCUGGUACAAUGGUUAUAACGAAUGGAUGGGCGAUUGGAAGGGAUCCUGAAAUUUGGGAUGAUGCAGAGGAGUUUAAGCCGGAGAGAUUCUUGAAUUCUUCUAUUGAUUUUAAAGGACAUGAUUUUGGAUUGAUACCUUUUGGUGCAGGAAGAAGAGGAUGUCCUGGAAUUUCAUUUGCAAUGGCUACUAAUGAGCUUGUACUAGCAAAUGUUGUGAGGGAAUUUGAUUGGAAAUUGCCAAAUGGAGCAAAGGGGGAUGAUUUAGAUAUGACAGAAUGCACUGGCUUAACUAUUCAUAGGAAAGUUCCUCUGUUUGCUGUUGCAACUUCAAACACCUCCUAG